ACGAUCAGUGUAAUUAUAAUGUACGUGCCGUGGAAUGAUUGUUAGGGGCAAUGGACAUUUUUUAACCCAUAUUUAAUGGAAAGGAAAUCUGAUUCAUGUCACUUACCUAAAAUAAUUGAUCUUUACCAAAUAUAUUACUUUACCCAAAAAGAAGAAAGUUUCAACAUUCCAAGAUGUAAGUUAAAAGAAAAAAGAAAAAAGGAAAAGAAAAAACAUCCACUAACUCCCAACAUACAAAUACAUCUGAAAAAAAAUAAAAAUAGAAAUUAACAAAUAAGCAUUACCUUACAAUUAGAAACAAAGAUUCUUCGUGAUUUUAUAUCAUUCUUGAGAAAAAAAAAACCCUUUUCAACCAAUAAAAUAAAAAAUUUAAAUGCAAAAUAAAAAGUAUAUAUGUAUGUACCAGUCGAGUGCUAAAAGAAGAAAACCUCACUUCAGUCUUCAGGGUUUUACACUAUCACAGUAUAACACUCCCAAAACCCUCUUUCCCUCGUUUUUCUCUGUUCCUGAUCACUGAGAUAUUUCUGUAUCUAACCAUCACUUAUCAGUUAUUUCCCCAACUUUCUUUGGGGCUUGAGGGCAUUUGUAAUGGUUGGCGUCGGAGAAAUUAACUCAGCAUCAACCCAAUUCUUGCAAAACUCCUCUAGGCAAACUCUGCUUUUACAGAGAUAUUUGUGUAUUGAUAAAAGAAACCAGUUGCUAUGGGGCACGCUUCGUAAUUGGAAGUCCCCACUGCAUUUUGCUGACAGGAAAGGUGUCUCAUUGAGGUGUUGUGCUCAAUCAAAGCCUAGAGCUGUAAUUUCUGGAGGUGUGACUAGUUCUGUUGAUGAACAAUCUAGUUUGAUUAAAAAGCCUGCUCAAGAAAUUGUCCAUUUUUAUCGUGUUCCAUUAAUUCAAGAGAGUGCCGCUCUGGACUUACUCAAGUCAGUUCAAACAAAAAUCUCCAACGAGAUUGUUGGGUUGCAGACUGAGCAGUGUUUUAAUGUUGGGCUUCAAUCUGAGAUUUCUAGUGAGAAGCUUGGAGAUCUUAGAUGGCUUCUACAGGAAACAUAUGAGCCAGAGAAUUUGGGAACGGAGAGCUUUCUUGAGAAGAAAAAGAAAGAAGGUUUGAAUACUGUCAUAGUUGAGGUUGGGCCUAGGUUGUCUUUUACAACUGCUUGGUCUGCAAAUGCAGUUUCAAUUUGUCAUGCUUGUGGGUUGACAGAAGUGAAUAGAAUGGAACGGUCUCGGAGGUACUUGCUGUAUAGUCGAGGAAUCUUGCAAGAAGAUCAGAUUAAUGAGUUUGCUGCCAUGGUUCAUGAUCGGAUGACUGAGUGUGCUUAUACUCACAAGCUAACAUCUUUUGAGACUAGUGUGGUUCCUGAGGAAGUUCGCUUUGUGCCCCUUAUGGAAAAAGGAAGGAGGGCUUUGGAAGAGAUCAAUCAAGAGAUGGGAUUGGCUUUCGAUGAGCAAGAUUUACAGUACUAUACUAGGCUGUUUAAAGAAGAUAUCAAGCGGAAUCCAACAACUGUGGAAUUGUUUGACAUUGCUCAAUCUAACAGUGAACACAGCAGACACUGGUUUUUUACUGGAAAAAUGGUCAUUGAUGGACAACCCAUGGAUAGAACUCUUAUGCAGAUUGUGAAGAGCACUUUGCAGGCUAAUCCUAACAAUUCAGUAAUUGGCUUCAAGGAUAAUUCUAGUGCUAUUAAGGGCUUCACAGUGAAGCAAUUGAGGCCUGUUCAGCCUGGUAUGACAUGUCCACUUACUGCCACUACCCGUGACCUUGAUAUUCUAUUUACAGCUGAGACCCAUAAUUUCCCUUGUGCUGUAGCACCUUAUCCCGGGGCAGAGACUGGGGCUGGAGGCAGAAUUAGGGAUACCCAUGCAACAGGUAGUGGUUCAUUUGUCGUUGCAGCCACAGCUGGUUAUUGUGUUGGUAAUUUGAAUGUAGAGGGGUCUUAUGCUCCAUGGGAAGAUCAUUCUUUCACAUAUCCAUCAAACUUAGCAUCACCCUUGCAAGUUCUUAUUGAUGCUAGCAAUGGUGCAUCAGACUAUGGAAAUAAAUUUGGGGAGCCUCUGAUUCAGGGUUACACUAGAACUUUUGGAAUGAGACUUCCAAGUGGGGAGAGGCGGGAAUGGUUGAAGCCAAUUAUGUUUAGUGGGGGUAUUGGGCAGAUUGAUCAUACCCACAUAACUAAAGGAGAGCCUGACAUCGGUAUGUUAGUUGUGAAGAUUGGAGGUCCUGCAUAUCGGAUAGGGAUGGGAGGUGGGGCUGCCUCAAGUAUGGUGAGUGGACAAAAUGACGCAGAGCUUGAUUUUAAUGCCGUACAACGUGGAGAUGCUGAGAUGGCGCAGAAACUUUAUCGUGUUGUCCGGGCAUGCAUUGAGAUGGGGGAGAAUAAUCCAAUUAUUAGCAUCCAUGAUCAGGGAGCUGGUGGGAAUUGUAAUGUUGUAAAGGAAAUUAUAUAUCCAAAGGGCGCUGUCAUUGAUAUUCGGGCAAUUGUGGUUGGUGAUCAUACUAUGUCUAUUCUAGAGAUAUGGGGUGCAGAAUAUCAGGAGCAAGAUGCAAUCUUGGUGAAGCCUGAAAGCCGUGAUCUUCUACAAUCCAUUUGUCAAAGAGAAAGGGUGUCAAUGGCUGUUCUUGGGGCAAUUAACGGUGAGGGGCGUGUUGUCUUGGUUGACAGUGCAGCUAUUGAAAAUUGCCGUUCAAGCGGACUCCCUACUCCUUCUCCUGCUGUGGAUCUUGAACUGGAGAAAGUACUUGGGGACAUGCCUCGGAAGACUUUUGAAUUUCAUCGGGUGGUUAAUGCUAGAGAGCCACUUGAUAUUGCUCCAGGGAUCACCGUGAUGGAGGCUUUAAAGAGGGUACUGAGACUUCCUUCUGUAUGUUCUAAACGCUUCUUGACAACAAAAGUGGAUAGGUGUGUUACAGGUCUAGUAGCGCAGCAGCAAACUGUUGGUCCUUUGCAGAUUACACUUGCUGAUGUUGCUGUCAUUUCUCAGAGUUACACUGACUUGACUGGAGGUGCAUGCGCAAUUGGAGAGCAGCCAAUCAAAGGGCUAGUUAAUCCAAAGGCAAUGGCAAGAUUGGCUGUUGGAGAAGCACUCACAAAUCUUGUUUGGGCUAGGGUUACUUCUCUCUCUGACAUUAAAGCAAGUGGGAAUUGGAUGUAUGCUGCGAAGCUUGAUGGGGAGGGAGCAGACAUGUAUGAUGCUGCCACAGCCCUUUCUGAUGCUAUGAUUGAACUUGGUAUUGCUAUUGAUGGGGGGAAGGACAGCCUGUCAAUGGCAGCUCAUGCAGCUGGUGAGGUUGUUAAGGCUCCAGGUAAUCUUGUUAUCAGUGUUUAUGUCACUUGUCCUGACAUAACAAAAACAGUAACCCCAGAUUUGAAAUUGGGAGAUGAUGGUGUAUUACUUCACAUUGAUUUGGCAAAAGGAGAGAGACGGCUAGGGGCUUCUGCUCUUGCACAGGCAUUUGACCAAGUUGGGGAUGACUGUCCUGAUCUUGAAGAUAUUUCUUACCUCAAACGAGUUUUUGAGGGUGUCCAGGAUCUUAUUGAGGAUGAACUCAUCUCCUCUGGCCAUGAUAUAAGUGAUGGUGGCCUACUGGUCUGUGCCAUGGAGAUGGCAUUUGCUGGAAAUUGUGGCACUGUUUUGGAUUUUGCUUCAUGUGGGAAGAGUCUUUUCCAAACACUCUUUGCAGAAGAGCUUGGUCUUCUUCUUGAGGUUAGCAGAAAGAACUUGGAUACUGUAAUAGAAAAUCUCAACAAGGUAGGCGUUUCUGCUGAUAUAGUUGGACAAGUGACUACCUCACCCUUGAUAGAACUGAAAGUUGAUGGGGAAACUCAUCUGAACAAUGAAACUUCUUUCCUUAGAGAUAUGUGGGAGGAAACUAGUUUUCAACUAGAAAAGUUUCAAAGACUAGCUUCCUGUGUGGACUCAGAGAAAGAAGGUUUGAAGUCCAGGCAUGAACCUUUCUGGAGAUUGUCAUUUACUCCUUCCUUUACAGAUGAGAAAUAUAUGACUGCAACUUUAAAACCAAAAGUGGCUGUGAUUCGAGAGGAAGGCAGUAAUGGUGACAGAGAGAUGGCUGCAGCAUUUUAUGCUGCUGGUUUUGAACCCUGGGAUAUUACAAUGUCGGACCUUCUGAAUGGAGGCAUCUCCCUUCACGAAUUCCGUGGAAUUGUGUUUGUGGGAGGUUUUAGCUAUGCUGAUGUCCUUGAUUCUGCAAAAGGCUGGUCUGCUUCCAUAAGAUUUAAUCAGUCACUUCUAAAUCAAUUUCAGGAGUUCUAUAAGCAACCUGACACUUUCAGUCUUGGUGUUUGCAAUGGGUGUCAGCUUAUGGCUCUAUUGGGAUGGGUCCCAGGCCCACAAGUUGGGGGUGUGCUUGGUGCUGGGGGGGACCCAUCACAACCAAGGUUUAUUCACAAUGAGUCUGGUCGAUUUGAAUGCCGCUUUACAAAUGUGACAAUAAAGGACUCCCCUGCCAUAAUGCUCAAAGGAAUGGAAGGUAGUACAUUGGGCGUGUGGGCCGCCCAUGGUGAGGGAAGAGCAUAUUUCCCAGAUGAUGGUGUUUUUGAUCGUGUGGUUCAUUCAGAUUUAGCCCCAGUUAGAUAUUGUGAUGAUGAUGGCAAUCCAACAGAAACUUACCCUUUCAAUGUGAAUGGUUCACCCUUAGGAGUAGCAGCAAUUUGUUCUCCUGAUGGGAGGCAUCUUGCAAUGAUGCCUCAUCCAGAACGUUGCUUCUUGAUGUGGCAGUUCCCAUGGUAUCCCAAGCGCUGGGAUGUGGAUGGCAAAGGCCCUAGCCCAUGGUUAAAGAUGUUCCAGAAUGCCAGAGAAUGGUGCUCAUGAGAUAGUUUGCAGUUUGUCCGAUGGAUAGAGAGGUAUGCAUGAUCACUUUGAAGGCAUACACUUUUUGAAGUCAGGUGGUGCUCUGGAUAAUAAUUGUUAUUCCUAGUUCAUUCAAAGCUUCAGACUGAGCUUAAGUUUCUUCACCAAAAAGUAUACACACAAAGGUUUCAAUGGUCACAGGUCUUGAAAGUUUUUUUGAGUUUCAUGUUGUCCUUCAAUGGGUUUUGCUUUUUCUUUCAUUUGUAUUCUGCCCAAAUGACUUAUACAAGGAUUACUUGUUACCAAUGGAGUUUCAAUUUACUCUCCUGUACUUUCUAUUGCUUGGGUAGCACAAAUGGCUCCUGCCAAUUUCUUA